GCUGACAAAACCCUCUUCACUUCGGCCAUUCUCGUAAAACCCAAUUUCUCAGUAACAGAUUUUAGUGUCGCUUGUCCCCUUAUCCCCUCCCCCAAAACCCACCGGAAAAAGAUGCAUUCUUUGGUCGCUGCAUCCCACCUUCUCCCAUCAUCCACCCGCCGGCAAUUGCCGCCGUCUCCUCCUUCUUCCUCGCGCGCUUCUUCACGCGCCACCACCAUUAAAUGCCGGUUCGCUUCUCGUAACGAUGAACCCCGGAAUCCCACUCCCUUCCUCCGCUCCCUCUCCAAACCCGUCGCGCUUGCCUCCGCUUCUGCAGCCACUCUUCUCAUCCGCAUCACCCCCAUUUUCACCCUUCUAUCAGGAGGCGGCGGAAACAACUGUGGCGGUAGCGGAGGUGGUGGUUUCUCCGGUGGUGGAGGUGGAAACAACGGUGGCGAUGGAAACUUCUGGGAAAAGCUCUUUUCUCCAUCGCCGGCUAUUGCAGACGAUAACAACCAAAACCAAGAAUGGGAUUCUCAUGGAUUACCAGCCAACAUCGUUGUUCAACUCAACAAGCUAAGUGGGUUCAAAAAAUACAAGCUUUCAGAGAUUUUAUUCUUCGAUCGACGGCGAUGGACCACCGUAGGAACCGAAGAUUCGUUCUUCGAAAUGGUUUCAUUAAGGCCAGGAGGGAUCUACACAAAAACCCAAUUACAAAAAGAGCUUGAAACUUUAGCCACUUGUGGUAUGUUCGAGAAAGUUGAUAUGGAAGGCAAAACAAACCCAGAUGGAACUUUGGGGUUAACCAUUUCUUUCGCUGAAAGCACUUGGCAAUCAGCUGAUAGGUUUAGGUGUAUAAACGUGGGGUUAAUGGCUCAAUCCAAGCCUAUUGAAAUGGACCCUGAUAUGACAGAUAAGGAGAAACUGGAGUAUUACAAAAGCCAAGAGAAGGAUUAUAAAAGGAGGAUUGAAAGAGCUAGGCCUUGUUUGUUGCCAAUGCAAGUGCAUAGAGAAGUGUUACAAAUGUUGAGGGACCAAGGGAAAGUGAGUGCUAGGUUGUUGCAGAAGAUAAGAGAUAGGGUUCAAAAAUGGUACCAUGAUGAAGGGUAUGCUUGUGCUCAAGUUGUUAACUUUGGGAACUUGAAUACUAAGGAAGUGGUGUGUGAAGUUGUGGAAGGGGAUAUUACACAGCUUGUGAUUCAGUUCCAAGAUAAGCUUGGGAAUGUUAUUGAAGGGAAUACCCAGCUCCCUGUUGUGAGGAGAGAAUUGCCUAGACAGCUUCGACAAGGCAAUGUUUUUAAUAUUGAAGCUGGGAAACAAGCCCUGAGGAACAUAAACUCACUGGCUUUAUUUUCAAAUAUUGAAGUGAACCCACAACCUGAUGAGAAGAACGAAGGGGGCAUCAUUGUUGAAAUAAAGCUCAAAGAGCUGGAUCAAAAAUCAGCCGAAGUCAGUACGGAGUGGAGUAUUGUACCCGGACGUGGGGGCCAUCCCACGUUGGCUUCACUUCAACCUGGUGGAACUGUAUCUUUUGAGCACCGAAAUCUCAAAGGGCUUAACAGGUCCAUUCUCGGUUCAUUGACCACCAGUAACUUUUUUAAUCCUCAGGAUGAUCUUGCUUUCAAGCUAGAAUAUGUGCAUCCAUAUUUGGAUGGUGUUUAUAAUCCACGCAACCGAACUCUUCGUGCAAACUGCUUCAACAGCCGGAAACUGAGCCCAGUUUUCACUGGUGGGCCAGGAGUUGAUGAAGUCCCACCAAUAUGGGUUGAUCGAGCUGGUGUUAAAUUUAACAUUACAGAGAAUUUCACUCGUCAAAGCAAAUUCACUUACGGACUUGUGAUGGAAGAGAUAACAACUCGUGAUGAAAGCAGUCAUAUAUCUCCAAACGGUCAAAGAGUGCUUCCAAGUGGAGGCAUCAGCGCUGAUGGACCCCCGACCACACUCAGUGGUACCGGUGUUGAUCGAAUGGCAUUUCUACAAGCGAAUAUCACACGCGAUAAUACCAAGUUUGUAAAUGGAGCCAUUGUUGGCGAGAGAAAUGUGUUCCAGGUGGACCAAGGACUUGGCAUAGGCACCAAGUUCCCGUUCUUUAACCGCCACCAACUAACAAUUACACGAUUCCUCCAACUAAAGCAAGUGGAAGAAGGUGCCGGUAAAUCCCCACCACCAAUUCUAGUCCUUCAUGGACAUUAUGGAGGUUGCGUGGGCGACCUUCCAAGUUACGAUGCUUUUACACUUGGGGGCCCCUAUUCGGUGAGAGGUUAUAACAUGGGUGAGUUAGGUGCUGCUCGAAACAUUCUUGAGCUCGGAGCUGAGAUCCGGAUACCCUUGAGGAAUACACACGUGUAUGCAUUUGCAGAGCAUGGUAACGAUCUUGGAAGUUCAAAGGAUGUAAAGGGGAAUCCAACAGAAGUCUACAGGCGAAUGGGACAUGGUUCGUCAUACGGUGUUGGCGUCAAACUAGGACUAGUAAGAGCUGAGUAUGCUGUUGACCAUAACAACGGAACUGGUGCAGUCUUCUUCCGAUUUGGAGAAAGAUAUUAAAAUGUGAUUUCGGGUCUAAUUCUGCUAAGGUGGGCCGUUACAGGUUCCGGUUAUGGUUGAACUGUUAUUUAUCUUAGAAAAUCUUGUUGAGAAGUAUGGAACUAGGCAUAUUCUUGUGUCAAAUAAAUUUUGUUUCGAUUUUGUGCUAUAUAAUUUUAUCUUGUUCUGUAAAACCAAGGAUUUAUAAGGAAAUUGUUGGUGCUUGAUUA